GUAAUUUUAAUUAGUGACUUUCAUAAGUCUACUUUGUUUUAAAACAUUAUGAGCUUCAUUUAAAAAUAUAGUGUAAAAUAUUACGCAUCAGCUCUUCUUACUACACAAUCUGAAUUAUUCAUAUUACAUCAUUACAUCCUUAUUACAUCUUAUAUAAACAGAAUCUCUAUGUCAAGCUGGUUAGUGAUUCAAUUUGGACUUUGAAGGUUAGGGUCUGUUAAGAACUGUUAAAGUAUUCAAGUCCUGUUAGGUGAGGAAGUGAUUAAAAUAAAAGAUUUAGAAUAAAAUGCAACUCAUAGCAGUAACUUGGCGACGACUAGCCAGCAACGUCCGAACGUUUAGUGCCUUUUCAAGAAUAGGAAGAGUAGUGAAAGUGGCUUUUAGUGAUAAAUAUUUAUUUUACACAAAUGUUACCAUAUCAUUGACGUUGUCAUCUGUUGGUGAUAUUAUGGAACAAACAUAUGAAGUGUAUACUGAAGAAAUAGAGAAAUAUGAUCCCAAACGAACUAUGCAUAUGGCCUUUUCUGGAAUAGGUGUUGGAAUACUUUGCCACCACUGGUACAAAAUCCUAGAUAGGUUUAUAAUAGGCAAGUCUAUUGAGAUGGUAACGAAAAAGCUAUUGCUUGAUCAACUAAUUUUUUCACCAAUUAUGAUUAUAACUUUCUUCGGUAGUUUAGCUAUAUUUGAAAAGGAACCUUUAACUAAUUUUAAAGAGGAAGUUGGAGGCAAAUUCAUCACUUUGUAUAGAGCUGAAUGGAUGGUAUGGCCUCCAGCACAAAUUAUUAACUUUUAUUUCUUGCCAACUAGGUAUAGAGUUUUGUAUGAUAACACCAUUUCUUUAGGAUAUGAUGUUUACACAUCGCAAGUGAAGCACAAUAAAUCACUAAAAACUGUAACUAAAGAUGCAAUAUCAUGACGGAGGUCAAUUAAGAAUAAUUUUAUUUUUAAUAGCACAAUGAAGUCAAUUUCGUACUGUAAUAUAAUGUUUAAGAAAAUAGUAUAAGUAGUUCUACAGUUUACAUUUUAUAGCAAAAUGCAGCUGGGCUGUGGCUAUUGUACAUAAAUAUGUAUAAUAACAUGAAGUGUUGGUAUUACCCCAUGCUAAUAUUAUAAAUGCGAAAGUAUGCUUGUCUGUCUGUUACCUUUUGAUAGUCCAUCCAAUUAGCCGAUUUUGGCGAAAGGCAAAGAGCUUACAAAUUGAAGAUAAAUAUGGAGAUAAUUAUAGGUUAAUUUAAUUUGGGAAAAUCUAAUAGUUCCCAUGGAUUUAAAAAAUCUGAAUCCCCGCGAAUGAGGUCACAGGCAUUACUUAGUAUAAUAUAAUAUUUUAAAUAUUUUUAUUAAGUAAUAGUUGGUGCCCGCGACUUCGUUCGCGUGGAUUUAGGUUUUGAACAAUCCGGUGGGAACUUUUUGAUUUUCCGGAAAAAAAGUAGCCUACGUCAUUCUCCAGGACUUUAACUGUACCCAUCAUGGACCUAUUAUACUAAUAUCUCUAUGGUAUCCAUGCAAAAAAUCACGUGAUUCAUUGCUCUGUUUCGACGCGAUUGAAAGACCAACAAACACACACUUUCGCAUUUAUAUAAUGUGAUAAUGAUAGCUAGAGAUUUACUUAAGUAAUUGUCACUAUAUCAUAAUGCUCAUAAAUUAUUAUAUGUAUGCAUUGUUAUCAAA